UUAUAUUUUUUUGUUAUUUCAAUUUAAUUUAAAUUAUACAGCGCUGCAACAAUUAAUUAAAGCAGGGAAAAAUUCCGCCAUAUGUCGCGGAACCGAUUCGGACAAGCGAUAUGUCAAAGAGCUCGCCGAGCAGAGUUGAAUGACAAUUCAACCCCCGGUCUUAACUUUGGGGCCAAGAUACAGACAAAACCCCUGCGCGAUGAGCAGGGUUUUGUACAAGCAUCUCGUCGACUCCAAUAGGAUUGCUUUAGUCCAAAUCCUGUUCAAUUACGUUGAUUUGACGAAUAAAGAAACAAAACUUUCAGACUCUUUUGGCUUGGACCCUAGCCACGUUAUUUUAUUAGUUUUUUAACGCACGCGAGGCAUCUAUCAAUAAUUCUCACUCACAAUCAGCGUUUUACUAUAUAGAGUUCAUUACUCUUUUUAGCAAUCAAAUAAUAUUUUAAACUUUGUUUUAUUUAAUUGGAUUACAAAAAAUCCAAUUAAUACAAUGAUCAUUUUUUUAGAUUAGAGUACUUAUAAUAUGACAACCAUUGAAACUGAAGUACCCCAACUUAAAGGAGGCCAUCCACCAGCCGAAAAAAUUUCUGGUGGAAUCCGAAUUGCGCGCAAAGAGCGUAAUCUAUCCGAUGAGAAGGAAAUGUCUGCCGAAAAGUCUGGGUCACCAACCGAAUCUAAUGCUUCGGAAGAGUCACGUCUUUCUGAUGAAGCUAACAAACGUCAAGCUACCAACACCAAUCGCGACUUUCCACCAGAGGCUAUACGGGCUUUUCAUGAGAAGCCGCAUCCCUCUCAUGAAAUACACGCUUCGAAUCGCAGCAAUGCUGCCAAAAUGCAAUGUCAUCGCCAAUUUCAGCCUCGCAAACAAUAA